UCAGGUCCAGGUCUGACAUCAGGGAUGUGUGCCUGGCGUCCUCAAACAUUUACUGUUGACUGCACCUGCACAAGAAAAGUUCCACAGUUUGUUGCCAUAAUGACACCAGAUGGCUUGACUGAGACAAUAGAGGUUGAAGACAAUGGCGAUUUGACAUACACUGUGAACUACACUCCUUCAAUGGAAGGGCUUCAUUCUUUGAUGAUCAAAUAUGCUGAAGAUGAUUCCUUUUGCAGUCCUUUCCAUUUUCACGUGUUGCCUGUGCCUAAUUCUGAUGAUAAACACUGUGGAGGUAAAGGCUCAAGGAAUGGUACUCCAGUUUUUGGAUUGGGCUUAGAGGCGCAAGUGUGUGUAAACACUCCUCAGACCUUCACAAUCAAUGGCAGUAGCACUGGAGAGCCGCCAGAGACUGUAGCUGUUGUUACACCUGAUGGUGAGAACGUAAUGGAGAGGAUGUAUUAUGUGGUGUUUACAACAGAAUUUGACUCAUUAUUUCCCUUUGCAGGAAAAAUUAAGCUAUUAAAUGCAAAAGACAAUGGAGAUGGAACGUACUUGGUGUCGUACUCCUCUUCUGCUGAAGGAUCUCACUCAAUUAUGGUCAAAUAUACCAGUGAUGAUUCCUUUAGAAGGUUUCAUGCAAUACCUUCUCACUCUGGUAGCAGUGAGGAACUUUCGAGUCAGGAGGGAAGUGUCCACGCUAAGGCUCCUCAGAUAUUUGCUAAUGGCUGCAGUGUGGCACAAGAGACUGUCACCACGGUGAAAGCUAACGCUCCGAACCGUUCAAUCAGACUUGCAGGUGUGAUGGACAACGAGGACAGAACUUGUGCACCAAAUAUGGAGGGCUGUAAUUCCGUAAUGGAUAAGUACAGCAGUGAAGAGACUUUAAGAAGCCUCUCUGAGUUCCCGGAAGACUUGACAGAUGAACAUACAGAACCAAAGAUUUGUGCUCCAAUUCCUCAGUCGUUCAAAAUCAACUGCAGUAAAUCUGGGAAGCCCCCUGAGUGUGCGCUGAUGAUCACCCCCAACGGAAAGACUGAACUGACAGAGGUUAAAGAAAACGCAGAUGGGACUUACUCUGUUAAAUAUUCUCCAACCAUAGAAGGUCUUCAUUCCUUGAUGGUCAAAUAUGCUGAUGAUGAGUCAUAUUGCAAUCCUCUGAGAUUCCAUGUACUGCCUCACUCUGCUAUGAAGGAUCAACAUGUAACUAAUACAACUGAAGUUUGUGGUGGACAAUUAAAGGAAGAUGUCUGUGCUCAAAUUCCUCAGACUUUCACAACUUGCUGCAACACUAGUGAGGCCCCGGAGAUUGACCUUAUGAAAGCCGAUGGCAGUACAAAACUUGUUGAAGUGUUAAGUAAUGAGAACAAGAUCAGUGCUGCAAAACACACGCCCUCCACUGAAGGCUCUCACUCCUCAGCUGUCAGAAAUCCCAGUGAGGAGGAUUUUCAAAG